GUCAGCUACGCCGUCGCCUUCGUGGACAAUCGCAUCCAGAAGCACAUGUUGUUGGACCUGACGAAGGAGCUGAUGCACGAGUUGGGCAUCACUUUGGUGGGCGACGUCAUUGCCAUCCUCAAGCAUGCCAAGGUGGCCUACAGGCAGGUGAGGCCAGACCGCCCCAAAAUGGCCCCAAAUGACCCCAAAUCUGCUCUAAACAACCCCAAAAUUGCCUCCAACCACUCAAAAACGGCCAAAACCUGCCCCAAGUGACCCCAAAUCCACUCCAAGCCGAACCAAAAUUGUCCAAAUACACCCCAAAACUGCCAAAACCUGCCUAAAAUGACCCCAAACUGCCCCAAAUCUGCUCCAGACCACCCCAAAAUGAUUCCAAACCACCCCAGAAUUGUCCAAAUACACCCCAAAAUGACCCAGAACCACCACGCAGCCUCAAGUCCAUCCAAUGCUGCCCCAAAUCAUCCCAAACUGCCACCGAAACGCCCCAAAAGUACCAAAAAAUGGCCCCCAAAGUACCCGAAAUUAC